GAUCUUGCAGGAUCCUGCAAAGCCCGACGGACCCGGGUUUGCAUUGGCCCUGGUCAGUGCGUCCCCCAUCUCGGUUCCCGGGAGUUCCGGCCUUCUGGGAUGCAGACACGUCUUGAGAAGUCUCCCGGUUCCUGUUCUCUCGGCGGAGCUGUCUUAGGACAGAGUCGCAAGCGACGUCUGGGAGGCAGGCGUCUUCACGAGACGUUUCUGUCGAGGAGGCCUUCAGUGGGGGGUCAAUCUCGGAGUCAUUCGAUGAAACGCUGAGGGCGGAACACGAUUGUGAACUGUUCGGCCACACCCCUACGCCCUAAAGGGCUGGUGGGAUUUGUGUGUGUUCGGUCUCGGUAUGUUUUGUGCUCGGUUCCUCUUGCAGUGUUGGGUCCAUCGAUGGAGCUUCUGGCUUCGGAAGGCCCGUGGACAAGGGAGGCUCCGCACUUCAUCACGUUCGCCAGCACCGCGUUCAUUUCAGGCGUGGCGAAGGAGAAGGGCCAGUACACCGCGCGGUGGCUCUGGCGAGCCGCCGAGGCCGCGGUGCGAGACUUGCGUGCCCAUGAGCUGACCAAGCUGACUGCUGCCUGCGGGGCGUACAACCUGGCCGAGUCUUGCUCAGCAGGACUGGGCUGCGCAGGCGGCGCCUGCGCGAGCGCCGACGCCGCUGCAGGCGCAGCAGGCCUGGUGCUCGCCGACGCGGCCCUCGUCGCGGUGCCGGCGGCCGCUGCGGGAGCGGCCGGGGCGGCGCUCGCCAUGGCGGCGUGGGGGCGGCGCGGGGCGGGGCCGCAGCAGGUCUGGCCCGCAGCGUGACGCGCGGACCUGCCCCCGAAGCUGCUCCCUCUCGCGUCGCCCGUCCGCCUGGCGCCUCGGACCUGCCCGUGCGGAGCCAGCAGGAGUGCUCCCGCCCGCCCGAGUGCGCGGCGUGGCGGGGAGGCCACAGUCGUUCUUGCUCUGCCUGGAGGCUCGAGGUUCUCGGGCCGUUCUCGUCGCUUCCUGGCGGCUUUCCAGCCUACAAUGGUGUCUUCCAGCAGCAGCGCCUCGCCGAGAGGCGUGCGGGGGUGCCCCGAUCGUCCGGAGCGGCCGCCGGAGAGCCGCAUUAUGACCCGAACGCUCAGGGGCAGCGUCAGUCAGCCCGUGCGUGGUGAGGCGGGGAGCCACAAGUCGCUCCAGUUAAUGCCUGUGCCGGGCCUGCAGCAGUGCUCCCCCGCCCACACUCUGCGAGGUGUGGCGGGGAGGCCACAGCCGCUCUUGCCCGGCCUGUGCCCAGGACUCCCAUGAAUGGGGCCUCCACCUUCUGUGCGGAGGCGGCCUAAUACUCGUUCGCCUGCGAACGCAUGCUUUCGCACUGCUCAAUCUGGCGGUGGCGUCGUCAACUGCCCAACGGAACA